CAGCACCAGUAGAACUCUCAUCCUCGCAGCAGUAAGGAGCCUCAAAGGUAAAAUGAACGACGCAGAUCUGUACGCCACAUCUAGCACCCUUCAGCAGCAGUUUGUGAACAAGGUGCUACGGGACCUGUGGCCGGCUCUGGACUGGCGUUGCGAGCAAGGCGCUGUGCUGGACGUUGGCUGUGGUGCUGGUGACGUCACGAGACACGAGCUGCUGCCACGACUGCCACCAGCAGUCAGAAUCCUCGCUGUAGACAUCAGCCCCGCCAUGGUAGCCAAGGCUGCAGACAGGUUCUCCGGACAACGCCUGCGCUUCUGUCAGCUGGACAUUGGCACGCCGCGUAUUGAAGAAACCGACGUCUGGAGGCUGGGACCGUUCCCAAAGGUGUUCUCCUUCUUCUGCCUGCACUGGGUCCAGGAUCAGAGAGUUGCCAUUCAGAACAUCAGCAAACUUCUGUCCCCUGGGGGUGAAACUGUCCUGAUCAUCGUGACCGGCGGUCCCCUCUACAUGAUGUUCGAAACACUGGCCAGGUCUUCUCGUUGGAGCGCCUACAUGACGGAUUACCGUCAGUUCGAGCCACCCUACCUACGCACGCAAAGUCCAAAGGCCGACCUGGCGAAAUACCUGCGUGAAGCUGGGUUAUCUAUAAAGACAUGCCGCAGUGAAGAAGUCAGCUACUGUUCUAUGGAUGAACAAACUGUUAUAAAUACGAUAACUGCGAUAAACCCGUUCGUCGGUAGGAUUCCGCAGCAGCAGCGGGAGGCCUUCACGCAGGACUGCGUGGCAGAGGCCUACAGUAACGGCACGAUACGCGCUGACACUCUGCCGGGCGGCACCGUCUACUCCUUCCCGUACAGCGUCAUGUUCGCCCACGCAGUCAAGGCCUGAGCUUGGUGGUUUCUUCAGUGGUGAUCUCUGAUGAUUCGCAAAGCUCAUGUUUUGUAACUUUUUUCUUCUAUCACGCAAGGAAGGCUGGUCAAACUAGUCUGCCGUUGCAAAACCUCGCUUGCUAAAUGUUUAUUAUUAUUGUAAUUAUUAUUUUAAUGACUGCAGGGACUAUAUUUAGAGUUUUAUUCCGAAAAUCAGAAAUAUCAAUAAUAUAAAAAGUGUUCUAUAAGCAACGGGUGGAAGGAACAGUGGUCUGAGUUCAACACCCGUCGACUGUGGGAGUUAUUGGUGAAGAUGCACAAACUUGGACUGUAUUUUAAUUGAGAAGGAAAUAGGUUGCCGUACUGGGCGAAGAAUCAUCCCGACAUUCUCUUAAAGUAGGUCAGACAAAUGCCAGAAAAAGGCUGGCCGAAAUGCCCGAGCCGUUCUAGGCGCUCGUCUGGAACCGCGCGACCGCUACGGUCGCAGUUUCGAAUCCUGCCUCGGGCAUGGAUGUGUGUGUUGUCCUCAGGUUAGUUAGGUUUAAUUAGUUCUACGUUCUGGGGGACUGAUGACCUUAGAUGUUAAGUCCCAUAGUGCUCAGAGCCAUUUGCCAGAAAAAGCCAAAGAUGACAGAUAGACAAGAUUUGGAUCAUCAAUUUUCCCCUGAGUACUAGUCUACUUUCAUAAUCACUCUACUACCACACUUGGUUUCUACAACUGGCGAUACUAAACAACUCAGUUACAUGCCACUAUGACAUUAGUGUUCUCAUCUUAACAACAGAUAUUUUCUGUGUCUUUAUCGCAAUUCGGGAGUAAGGCCCACACAUUUCCUAGACUGAACGUUCAUUAAUCGUGUUCCAGACGCAUGACAACGCUGGUGAGCUGUCUGAAUACGAAUACUUAACCAACUAGACCGAAAUAACGAAGUGCCAGGAAACUGAACGUGACAAUGGCGCCUGAGGUAACCUCAGUCAUAGUGUAGUAGUCUGUGAGGAAUAUGAAAGUUUGCCGAAGCACGUGAACAGUAAUAAAACUCGGCGGAGCUAUGCUCACAGCAGUGUCAACCAAGAAUCGGGUGCUUCUGAGUUUCAUUGCCUGGGGUCAUCAGUCCCGUUUUUGAAGCUGACCACGUGCUAGCAGAGCCAUUAUCUCAGCCAUUAUUCAUUCGGUCACGAGUGUUCCAUGCUAUGACUCAGCACGCUGUCUACAGUGUGGGUUGCUGAGCUGCUCAUCCGUACUUAUCUACUGAUCAAAGCCUAAUCCCACAGGGAGACUGAUUCGAAAUCACAAUAUUUUUGCUUUGUAAUGUUCUGCGCAAACACGUAAUAUUUUGAAACACGUAAUUUUCUGAAACGUGCAACAGCUUCGAGAGUACCCCAGAAAGUAACGCCCCACAUUUUUUCUUCUCAUCCGACAACCGUCUUGCGAGAGUGAAACGUGAGACAUGAACUCUUUAACAGUUCCUGCUUGGGAGCGCAAAAUUUCUAUUUUCUCGGAGAGACAGCGCAGCUGCAGCGACGUUUCGAAACGGUGUUCGUAAGUAAUAUACGGCACAAGCAUUGUCACUGAGCUUCACUUUGCGAAGAAAUAAACUAUAGGGGAAUAUUAUGAACCAUUAGUGUAAAGUCUAUGGAGCAACCAAAGUGGACAAGAGUAGCAAAUAGUUAUUGAAGAAACGAAUACGGAGCAACACUUCCUAGGUGACCCUUGUACAAUUUGUUUUUUUAAAUUAGUUACGUAAGAAUAGAACUGUAACGACACGUAUUAAAAUCUGACAGUCUCACGAACUGAAGUAUUCAGCUUCACAUAAACGGCGGUAAAGGGCUGGACACUAUGGUGAUUUUAGUGUACGUUAUAGCGAGUGUAGACAAUAAUCUAGUCAUAGUGGGAUUGGAGUUAUUUCCACUUUUAUUAUUUAAUUCACGUAAAGGCUGAACGUAGGAAGUUAUCUUAACUGUGCUCAGGAAACUGCUACAGACAAAGAACUAUUAUAGUUACAGAAUAACACACAUAAGGAUUGAUAUUAUAAGAAGUACUGAAUUAAACAGCAAGUAAGGAUACGUUUUAAGACUGAAUAAUUGUUAACUAUUUUCACCUUAGCUUGUAUUUAAAAAUUAUUUUCUUGUCGCUAUAAAUACCAAAUAACGAUACAAGAUGAAUUGUUUGACUGCUUUUUUAUAUACUGUUUUGACUUACAGCUACUGAAAAUGUAUUUUAAAUCUUGACAUGUCUAACUGUUUUAUGAGAACAAAAUAUUAUAAUAUUUUGUUGAUAACUCGAUGUAUUUAUUGUACUCGUUAAUUGCUUACUGAAGACAAUAAAUUUUUCUUUAGGUAAAUUCUGAAAUAUA